AUGGAGAGGCCGACGAGCCCCAGCCAGGUGUUUCUGGAGCAGCUGCAGUCCGGCGUGCUGAAGGACCUCUUCACCACCGGAACCAGCACCUUCAACGUGCACCAGCACGGCAGAGAGGGGGAGGACGGCCGGGACAGCAGGAGCCCCCGAAAAUCCCGCACCCCCAGGCUCCUGCGUGCAUCUGUGGUGCACAGGAGCGAGGGCUGUCCUCCCCACGGGGACCCCCUGCUGGGACACCCCCGGGAGAGCCUGGGCAGCCGGCAGGGCAGGGGGCUGGCGGUGAUGGGGCGGUCUCUGGACCUGUCCCCGCGCCUCCCUGCUCACAGCGCAGACUGCCCCCUGCUGGUGGAGGGCAGCGCCGCGUAUGACACGGACAGCACCGCUCUGCAACGGAGACUCUGUAUCUUCUCUGCCGUAAAGCCGUCCAAUGUGGAGGCCGAGAAGACCAAGUUCUUCAUGUCCAACUUCACCUACAACCCGCAGUUUGAGUACAGCCACCGGCUCCCCCCCACAGUGCAGGACCGAUACAGCGACGCCUCCGACACGUUCCUCACACAGGCGGUGCGGAUCCUGGAGCAGGCUCUGCAGAAGUACGGGAGCUAUGAGAGGUUUGAGCGGGCCACCGGGGGGAACCUCGUCUCCAAAAAACGCAUCAGGAACCACGUCAAGAAGUACAUGGAGAAGGAGGGCUGUCUGGGGGAGAUUGCAGUCCACCUGACAGAAGACCUCCUGUCCAGGGCCUCGAUGACAGUAGUGAACAGCCGUCCCACCCUAACCAUCAACGUCUCCAUGGCCCGGGAGUACUGGCUGGAGGGCAUGCUGAGGCACGAGAUCGGUACGCACUAUCUGCGCGGGAUGAAUAACAGCCAGCAGCCGUGGAGCAGCGGGGUGGGCAGGCGCAGGUAUGAGCUGAAGCACUACAACCCGACGGAGGAGGGCCUAGCCAGCCUCCACAGCGUGCUGUUCCGGAAGGACCCCACCCUGUGGCGUGCGGCGUUACUGUACUACACCGUGUACCAGGCCAGCCGCCUGUCCUUCUCCCGGCUCUUCCAGGACCUGGGCCGCUUCGUGCAGGACCCCCACACACGCUGGGACUACUGCAUCCGCGCCAAGCGGGGCCAGACCGACACCGCGCUGCCCGGCUGCUUCAGUAAGGACCAGGUGUACCUGGACGGCGUCGUGAGGCUGCUGAGGUACAGGGAGCACGUUGACUUCCAGCUGCUCAUGGCCCUGGGGAAGGUGUCGUAUGAGGACGUGGAUCGGCUGCGUGACCUGGCCUUCAUGGAGCACGUGCGAAUACCUCACUUCCUGCAGGACCGAGCCCGCUACCAUGCACAGCUCUGCCGGAUCAUGGAGGUCAACCAGCUGACGGACGGGGAGCUGCGCAAGCUCAUCUGAGCAUGCCCAGAGCGACCC